AGGGCAAGGCCAAUUCUAGAAGAUAUUGCUUGAAUUUCAAAUGUAUGGCAGACACACUAGUUACAGUCGAUGAGACUAAUAAAGGGAACACAAAAGGGGAAGAGAGAACAUGGUCUGAACUACUACCGGAACUUCUAUGUUCAAUACGAUCAAGCCUUUUUGCAGGAGACUCCAUUAUCUUUGGUGCUGUCUGUAAAUCUUGGCAAUUGAUUCCAUUCCCUCAGCCACUCCUCAUGCCAAUUCAUGAUUCUCUAUCAAUCCAGUCACCAUGCUUGAUGUUCUUCAGUAGAAAGAAUUAUGUGUUUAAUUUUUUUGAUCCAAUACGAACUGCUACAUAUCAGGUGGACAUUCCAAAAUUAGUAGAUGCCGAUAUCCGUUUCUCGAAGGAUGGUUGGCUGAUCAUGUGUCAAGGUAGACAAACUAUUUUUCUCUUUAAUCCCUUAACAAAGGAGAAAAUAGAGCUUCCGGAUAUACCCGAGUGCACGGCGUUCACUACAGUGUGCUUCUCUAACCCACCGACUUCAUCAAAUUGUCAAGUGUUUGGUAUCCAAUCUUAUAGUCAUCAUUCAGUCACCAUUGGCAUUUUAAAAGUUGGUGAGGAGGUUUGGACAGUCGAUGACGUUGAAAAUAAUUGUAAUUUCAAAGUGACCGAUUGCAGUCCUGUUAUGUGUAAUGGGUUGUACUACUGUUUGGGUUUUGCCGGAAACUUUGGAGUAUUUGACCCUGAGGACAAUAGUUGGACCAUCUGUGGCAAGCGUCACCGACAACUCAAAAGAUCAGAACAAAGGUUUCUGAUUGAAAGUGAUGGAGAUUUGUUUGCAGUGUUUGCUUCUCGUGAUGGAAGACAGGCUUGUGUUCUUAAGCUUGAUUUUUUGGACAAGGCUUGGCAUGAGGUACAAAGCUUGGGAGAUAGAAUGUUGUAUGUUUGUUACCGGGGAUCGUUCUCAAAAAAGGCUGUUGUGCGAGGAACUAGUAACAAGAUCUACUUUCCAAAGUUUUUUGACAGCAACGGAGUGUUCUAUUCUCUUACGACUAGGAAAUUCCACACCUUUUUUGGUAAUUAUUCUAGGGGAGAUUUUUACGGCACAAAAGAGAUGAAGCACUGCGCUUGGAUUAAUCCCAUGCCUUCAAUGAGAAUGUAAGCCAGAUAUCAGUUGGUGAGAAUUGGAGGCCACUCUAAGCUGGUGUGGUCAUUUUGACUUCAAUGAGCUAACGGUUAAUUUGUAUAAUUCAAUCGUUUAUGCUUUUCUAGUUCUUUUGGUUUUCCAUGUGACAUGAUUUGAUGUGUUUUUUGGAAGCCCAUUGGUACAUUGAUUUAUCAUUUUUAACAAU